AUGCCUGACCUUGCGGCCAAUUCCUCCUUCUAUGAAAUGGGGAAACCCAGAAACGGCGAAAAUAUUUUUAUCUCCGCUACUAGCGGUACUACAGGUAGUGUUGGCUCGGAUAGAAAGCUAGACUAUCUGCUUAACGCACUGAGGUUCGAUAGUGGCUUUAACUAUAAGAAGGAGAAGCUAUUUAAUGCUCUUGCUGCUUUACUCCGUAAGGCCUAG